CACCAAGGGGAGAGGAGAGGAGAGGAGAGGACACAGACUCACAGAGGAACAUCAAAACUCCAAAGAAAAAGAAAUCACUUGCUAGCUUCACAUUCAUUAAUUAAAGAACCAGAAAUGGCAGUGGCAAUGACCAUGGCCCUUCGCCGUCUCUCCUCUUCCUUUGACAAGCCCCUUCGCCCUGGUCUCUUCAAAGCCACCUCCCUCUAUUAUAUGUCUUCUUUGCCAAACGAAGCUGUAUAUGAGAAGGAGAAACCUGGUGUCAGCUGGCCAAAGCAGCUGAAUGCACCCUUAGAGGCUGUUGAUCCUCAGGUUGCUGAUAUUAUUGAGCUCGAGAAAGCUAGGCAAUGGAAGGGGCUUGAGCUUAUACCCUCAGAGAACUUCACUUCGGUAUCAGUGAUGCAAGCUGUGGGUUCUGUCAUGACCAACAAGUACAGUGAAGGAUACCCUGGUGCAAGAUACUAUGGUGGAAACGAGUAUAUUGACAUGGCAGAAUCCUUAUGUCAGAAGCGUGCUCUGGAAGCAUUUCGCCUGGAUCCUGCUAAAUGGGGAGUGAACGUGCAAUCUCUAUCUGGAUCUCCAGCUAAUUUUCAAGUCUACACUGCAUUGUUAAAGCCUCAUGAAAGAAUCAUGGCACUUGAUCUUCCUCAUGGAGGCCAUCUUUCUCAUGGCUAUCAGACAGACACCAAAAAAAUAUCUGCAGUGUCAAUAUUUUUUGAGACAAUGCCAUACAGAUUGAAUGAGAGCACUGGCUAUAUUGACUAUGAUCAGCUGGAGAAAAGUGCCACUCUUUUCAGACCAAAAUUAAUAGUAGCUGGUGCUAGUGCUUACGCACGACUAUAUGAUUAUGCACGCAUUCGCAAGGUUUGCGACAAACAAAAAGCUACACUGUUGGCAGAUAUGGCACACAUUAGUGGAUUGGUUGCAGCUGAUGUCAUCCCGUCACCUUUUGAGUAUGCAGAUAUAGUGACUACCACAACUCACAAGUCACUUCGCGGGCCACGUGGGGCAAUGAUUUUCUUCAGGAAGGGGUUAAAAGAGGUUAACAAACAAGGGAAAGAAGUGUUUUAUGACUACGAGGACAAAAUCAAUCAAGCUGUCUUUCCUGGGCUUCAAGGUGGUCCACACAACCACACAAUUGCUGGUUUAGCAGUUGCUUUGAAACAGGCUACAACUGUAGAGUACAAAGCGUAUCAAGAGCAAGUUCUAAGUAAUUGUGCAAAAUUUGCCCAGAGUUUAGUUGAGAAAGGCUACGAACUUGUUUCUGGAGGAACUGAGAACCAUUUAGUUUUGGUGAAUUUGAAGAACAAGGGUAUAGAUGGCUCCAGAGUUGAAAAGGUGCUUGAAUCUGUUCACAUUGCUGCAAACAAAAACACUGUUCCUGGAGAUGUGUCUGCCAUGGUUCCCGGUGGCAUCAGGAUGGGAACGCCGGCUCUUACUUCUAGGGGAUUCGUUGAAGAGGAUUUUGCUAAGGUGGCAGAUUUCUUUGAUGCCGCUGUGAAGUUGGCAGUGAAGAUCAAGGCUGAAACCAAAGGGACGAAGUUGAAGGAUUUCUUGGCUACGCAGUCUGCUCCUCACUUUCAAUCUGAGAUUUCAAAACUCCGUCGUGACGUGGAAGAGUACGCUAAGCAAUUCCCAACAAUUGGAUUUGAAAAGGAAACCAUGAAGUACAAGAAUUGAGCAAGAAAUUAUCUCUACAUAAGGUAGGCAGAUUUCAGAAGAGUUUUUCUACUCAAUGGAGUUGGAUGGAGAUGGCAUAACUCGUGGAUCAUGUAUCAAGGAUGCAGAUGCGAAUUUUAGUGCUUUUGUUACCUGUUAAUCCAGCAAACCUUGAUCUGUAUCUUCAUUAGAUGUAUAUAUGCACACACAGCUACCAGUGCUGAGGAAGCAAUAAAGAUAUUUCGUCUUCGUAUA